AUGCUUCACAAUCAGGCUGCUCCUAAUAGCUACACUUUUCCUUCUGUUCUUAAGGCCGUUGCUUCUUCUCUCUCAAAGUCAUAUGGUACAUCACGAAUAGGUUACUCUUUACAUGCACAAUGUGUUGAAAGAGGCCUGCUAUGUGACCCUUUUGUCCGUACAUCGUUUCUUUCUCUUUAUUCACAAUUUGGUGAUAUAAGGAGUGCACAUAAGGUCUUUGAUGAAAUACCUCAACCAUGCAUUGUUUCAAUUAAUGCGAUGCUUGAUGCAUUUGGAAAAAGUGGCAACAUGGAUUUGGCUAUUUCGAUGUUCUUUAGCAUGCCAAAGAGAGAUGUUUAUUCAUGGACAAGUAUCAUUAAUGGCUAUGCACAAAAUGAGUGCUUUAUGGAGGCAAUUAAGUUUUUUACGAAAAUGAUGAGAGAUGAGGAUGUAAUUCGUGGCUUUUUAAGGCCGGGUGAGGCCACUUUUGUAAGUGUCCUCUCUUCAUGUGCGAAUUCGGAUGAUGGGUCGGUGUUGUAUCAAGGAAAGCAAAUUCAUGGAUACAUGGUUAGGAAUGAGAAGGAGUUGAGUGUUUUUAGUGGAACAACAUUGAUAUCGUUCUAUGGGAAAAUGGGUUGCCUAAGUUAUGCUUUUCAAGUGUUCAAUGGCAUGUCCGUGAAAAAGGUAUGUGCGUGGAAUGCUAUGCUAUGUUCAUUGGCUUCAAACGGCAGGGAAAGUCAGGCUCUAGAGAUGUUUGAGAAGAUGAAGAGCAUGGGGUUGUGUCCUAAUGAAGUUACAUUUGUAUGUGUCCUGUCAGCUUGUGCUCGGGCUAAACUUGUGGACUUAGGCAUGGAAUUGUUUCAAGCAAUAUCUCGUGAUUUCUCCCUUAAACCAACAAUGGAACAUUAUGGAUGUGUGGUCGAUCUGUUGGGCAGAGCUGGCCUUCUAAAAGAGGCAUAUGAGUUUGUGAGAAGCAUGCCUUUUGAGGCUGAUGCCCUGUAUUGGGUGCUCUUUUGGGUGCAUGUAGGGUUCAUGGGGAUGUCGAUUUGGGAAAUAAAAUUGGUCGUCGGUUGCUUGACUUGCAACCCGAACAUUGUGGACGGUAUGUUCUGCUGUCCAGCAUUUAUGCUGGGGCAGAGAUAUGGGACCAUGCUGCUGCCUUGA